GAAAUCCUGCUGGUCACCGCAAUUGAUUGAUCAUAAUAGUGUCCUGGCCCCCUGCCAGCUGCCCCCGUGGGCCUUUUGUUUCUUUCCCUUUCUUUCCUUUCCCUUCAGGUCCCGCUGGCCCUCCAAGAGCCGUCCAUUGCAGUUCGUCUUCGCGUCCGCAAUGUCCGACUCGCAUCGUCAGAGCCAGUAUCUGCUGCCAGACGCCUCGAGGGCGGACUCGCCGGCCCCCGACCUGAUCUCGCCCGAGCACGAAGGCGCCACCGCGUUCUGGAGCCCGUUGGGCCGCCAUCCGUCCGUCGAUCGAGGAUAUCUGAACGAGUCGCCGCACGAUCCGGCCUCGCAGCCGGCCAUCGGGCUCGGAAUCACCUCGCAUGCCCCAUCGACGACGCCCUCUACCCUCCCCUCACGCGAUGCCUCGCCCGCUCCGCCGGUAGCCUCGACGACGACGCGAGAACCGGCGCCCGACGACAGCCCCGGGUGUCGACAUGCCUCACAGGCAACCCUGGUCGCGCCGAUGAUGAAAUGCCCCACGCAGCGAGGCAUUCAGCAGCGCCGUCUGUCGUGGGUGCCACUGACCAUCCUGACACUGGCCGUUUACGCCACCAUUCUGUCGGGCAUUUAUCUGGUCAUCGCCCUGGUGCGACCGCGAUACGGGCGAGCCAUUGGCGAAGACGGCGCGGUGGUGCCGGCGACUGCGACGCUACUGAGUGCUUUGUUCGCGAAAACCAUCGAGUUGGCGUAUGUGACGGUGUGCGUCGCGUUUCUGGGCCAGGUGCUGAGUCGGAGGGCGUUGACACAGGGCUCGCGUGGCAUCACCAUCUCGGACAUGAGCAUGCGUUCGUGGAUCAUGCAGCCGGGCGCGUUGAUAGUGCACUGGGAGACGUUGCGCUACUCGGCAGCCACUGUGCUGGGCGCCAUCACGCUGACGGCCACCCUCGUGGCGAUGCUGUAUACCACGGCCGCAGAAGCCCUCGUGUCCCCCAAGCUGCGGAUGGGACCGUUGCAGGACCGUCUGCUGGCUGGCAACGUGUCGACCACCUUUGCCAAUCCCUUCUACCUCGCCGAUACCUGUCCGGCCCUGAUUCACAAGGACCAAGACCCCGACUACCAGGGAACGACAUGUCUGGACAUGCAGCAUGUUGGCCAGGCCUACCACAACUACCAGAUGUAUCUGAGUCAAUGGGGCGCACGCAGCAACACCUCAUACAACGUUGAACAUCGUCCACUGCCGACGGGCUCAUUGCACGACAACACGACACUGACGGGCAGCUGGAUCGAACGCACAAACCUGACGGAGCUCUCGCAGAAGCACGGCCGGCUGGUCAACAACGUCACGGCGGCGAUGCCGCACGGGGGCAUUCUCAGCGUCACGUCGUACGACGCCAACAAGCUGCCCGACCCGCAGUCGCUCUCGGGAGAGGGCAAUUUCGAACUGGAGGCGUCGGUACUGGCGCCGGCCGUCAACGUGCUCUGCGUCGGGAUGACCAAGUCGGAGCUGAAGCCGCUGGUCUACAACGAGUGGCCCGAUGUGGGCGACAAAUUCGACGCUGUCAAAUGGACCAACGAUCCGCCGGACAACAUCCCCGUGUAUCCCAGCUGGCUUAACAGCACCGUCGUCGACGACCUGUUCGGCUGGGGCCCCACGUAUGGCCAGCGUCCGCCAGUGUUUGGCAAGCUGCCACGCCCCUACAACACGCUGUUGAACACCACCGGCCGCUAUCCUGCCGACAGCAUCUACCUGCUGGGCGCCACCGCGGACGGUUCGAAUCCCCCCUACGUGCUGUGUGCCCUGAAGGCCAAGCAGAGUCCACGCUGUGCCACGCAGUACAACGCCACGGCCAGCGGAUCGCAGCUGAGCACGCGGUGCGAGGACUCGUCCAAUCCGUUGCAGCUGAAUCACCGCCGGCCCAACGCCCCCGACGCGCAGUGGGAGCCCGACUGGAAAAACAUCGCGUCCGAGUGGGCGAUGUCGCUGAGUCUGGGGACCGGCAUCACCGACAGCCAGGCCAGCAAUGCGCGCCUGCUGAUGCAGUUGGUGCCCUUGGGCAUGGCUCUGGAUCCCACGCUCCCCUCGGUGGCGGAAGCGCUGGCCGUGCUGGCGGGCAGCACGCUGAUCAUGAGUUCCACCAGCACUCCCUUCGAGCCUGGCUGGAACUCGUCCGAGGCGUCGCUGGCGACGCCCGUGCCACAGUCCUUUCCGGCGCACGUUCGCUCGAUUGGAUACGCGUCGGGCAGCUCGCAGCGGUGGCAGGGGGUGUUCUACGUGAUCCUGGUAUUUGCCUUCAUCACCAGUGCCAUCUGCCUGGCCUUCAUGCUGUUUGAGGUGCGCGGCCGGCAGGUCACCGACUUCACCGAUCCGCAGAAUCUCUUCACGCUGGCCAUGAACAGCCCGGCCACGCCGCGUCUGCAAGGGGCCUGCGGUGCCGGUCCGCAGGGGCCGCAAUUGAAGGAAAGGUGGGUGGUGGCCAUGGAGGAGGACCACGAGCAUUAUUACCUACGGACGCCAGGCGAGGAUCCCCUGGGACCGCCUAAAAGAACGAUGACGGCGACAUCGAUGGCGUCGUUCGAGGUCGAGGACCCCAAGACGGUCAGUCCGGCCAUGGAUGAGUAUCGGCAGCUGUCGACGCAGCGCAGCUUUCUGUCGAGAUUCUAUUAGCAUAGCGUGUUUGAAUAGAAAACUACUUAAUGAUCUAAUGAUAAUCUGCUGCUUGCAACAAG